CAGCAGCAACAUAACCAGAGGGUCGAGAGACGGAAUUAAUGUUAACGUUUUCUCCAAAACUCAUUUUAGGAUAGUUUUACAUCGGAAAGUGCAACAUAGUUCUUUCUUCAGGCAAGCCUUUAAGCUUUUCAAACAACUAUGAAGGCAGUGGACAACGACGUUAACGUUAGAGAGAUCAUAACAGACGAUGUUGAGUUGCCAGUAACACAAGGGAAUGAAAUUAAGCCAAAUGGUAACAAAGACCAGAAUGGGACGACCAGUCCUGGAUUGGUGUCAGAAUCAGGAACCAGGAUCACAAAAGAGUUUCUUCUGCGCCACUGUAAAAUGAAUAAACUGUACGUCACACCAAGCCUGAAUGAUGCACUUUAUUUACACUACAAAGGCUUCUCUGUGAUAGAGAAUCUAGAUGAAUACACAGGAUUGCGAUGCUUAUGGCUGGAAGUGAAUGGGAUCCACAAGAUCGAGAACCUGGAGAACCAACUGGAGCUACGCUGUCUGUUCCUGCAGCACAACCUUAUUCACACAUUGGAGAACCUACAAGAUCUUAGCAAGCUGAAUCACCUGAAUGUUUCAAACAAUUACAUUAAAACCAUCCAAAACCUUUCAUGUCUUCGGGAGCUGAGUACUUUGCAGAUUUCCCACAAUACUCUGGAAAGCACAUCUGACAUAGAUCAUCUCUCACUCUGUCCAUCUAUCAGUGUGCUCGACCUUUCACAUAACCGUUUGAGUGAUCCACAAAUACUAACCACAUUGGAACAGAUGCCAAAUUUGCGUGUUCUUAAUCUCAUGGGGAAUGAAGUCAUCAAAAACAUCCCACACUAUAGGAAGACUCUGAUAGUGCAACUUAGUCAAUUGACCUAUCUGGAUGACAGGCCUGUAUUUCCCAAAGACAGGGCUUGUGCAGAGGCUUGGGCUGCAGGGGGGAUAGAAGGAGAGAAAAGGGAGAGGGAAUUGUGGGAAACGAGGGAACGCAAGAAAAUUCAGGACAGCCUGGAUGCAAUGACUGCCAUCAGAGACAAAGCAGUAAAGAAGUACGAUGCCGAAGAAUUGCAAGAAAGAGAGCCUGAUGUAGCUGACCUGUCGAUACUUGAAAAGGACCGCAGUGAGGAACCUGCAUCGGGAAAUGACCUGUCAGAAUCUGGGAGCGGUGAUAUUCAUCGUGCAUGUCCCAGCUCGGAAGCCGUUAAGGGUGACAGUGACAUUGAUUCCCCCAUCCCUUCAAAUAAGUGCACACUCUGGAUCAAUGAUCUGCCUGAUCUGGAUGACAUUCCUGAGCAUAAAGAGCUAAUGAAGGAUGAUUCCCGUACACUCAUAGAGGUCCUCAAAAGUGAUGACUAACUAUGGGGUUAACCUCAGACAUUCCUUCGCUGUCUGAAUACCUUUUGAAAAAUGCCACCAACCAACCAGCUUUUAGAAAGAGGCAAGGAAUACCUCCAAUUUAUGGAAAAAUUACUAUUAAAAAAUGCUCCACUGUUAACACA